AUAUUUUUUUCAGAUAAAAUGGCGGAAUCUAAACCCAAAAGAGAAAUCCCAGGACCACUAAAAUCUUUACUAGAUUUAGAUGCGCGUAUCUCUAAGGAAAUCGUUGAAGCGGUGAACAAGAAAUAUCCAAUUGUAGAUUUCAGGCAUCAUCUUAAACAUUUAGAGAUUUCCUGCCACGGUGUUCCCUGGUUCAUGAUAACUAUUGCUGGAAUGUAUAUGGUGGAUAAUCCUGAACUCUGGGUCAAUCUUCUCAUAGGUCUUCUCCUCGAUAUUGUUAUUGUUGCUGUACUUAAGGCCUUUACUAGACGAAGACGACCUGCGUACAAUAUUGACGAUCUAUUCUUGGUUUCUUCUAUUGACAAGUUCAGUUUCCCCUCGGGACAUGCUACUAGGGCUGUUCUACUUGGAGUUUUCUUUAAUAUACUCUACCCUCUACACUUCAUUUUCUUCAUACCUAUCAUGGUUUGGAGCAGUGCAGUUUGUGCUAGUCGUGUAAUAUUGGGACGCCAUCAUGUUCUUGAUGUUGUUUGUGGUGUUCUGAUCGGAAUAUUGGAAGGAUUGAUUCUCAGCAAGGUUUGGUUAUCUCGAGAAGGAGCAGGUUCAAUCAUCUCAGCCUUUGGAGGAGAGGAUCCUUGGUCUAGUAGUUAACUGUCCUAGCAGUGGAGAUAUCCAAGCUCCUAAGUUUGCUACAGUUGAAAUAUUCUAGCUCCUAUAUCUGCUACAGUGGAGAUAUCCAAGCUCCCAUAUCUGCUACAUUUGUGAUAUCCUAGCUACUAUAUCUGCUACGUUGGAGAUAUCCAAGCUCCUAUAUCUGAAACAGUGGAGAUAUCCUAGCUCCUAUAUAUGCUACAGUGGAGUUAUCCUAGCUCAUAUAUCUUCUGCAGUGGAGAUAUCCUAGCUCAUAUAUCUUUUACAGUGGAGAUAUCCUAGCUCCUAUAUCUGCCACAGUGGAGAUAUCCUAGCUACUAUAUCUUCUUCAGUGAAAAUAUCUCAGCUCAGAUAUCUGCUACAGUGGAGAUAUCCUAUAGCUCUGUAAUCUUUUGAAGUAAAGAUAUCCUAGCUCCUAUAUCUGUUGCAAAAAUGUUCUUACUCUGAUUUGUCCGUGUGUUGUAUCCUAAAGAUCCGAUUUCCUCUUCAUUGAGUUUAUUUUUGCUUCUAUGUGUCAAAAAGCAAAACUCAUCUUAGUUCAGAUUAUGUUUCUUAGUUUUAACUUGUAACCUUAUAAAUUUUCUGUUUAACUCAAUUCUAAAUACACUUUUUAGUCGUAAAGUAUAAAUAAACUACUCAGUUUCGUCGUUAAAUAUUAUUUUCUUAUCCGCAUAAAAAGAUUAAAUGUCAUCGGAGGUUUGGGGAUUUUAAAAUUCGGUUCAGCCGUUACAAGAUGCGAUUUGCUGCUUAUUAACUUGGAAUUUAAAGCUGUUUCAUUCAGAACUAUUCGGCCCAUUAGUUAUUCUUUUCGAUUGUUUAUUGGUAAAAAAAUAUGUGAUCCUAGUUCCUUGUGAUACUGGCGUAAAGUUAUAAAUUAAUAAUUCAAGUAAUAAAAUUAACAUAUUUGGACCAAAAUA